AGGAACACAAAAUGUCCAAAAUUCCAAUUCCACAAAUAAGACAACAACAAUGCAUCAUCACCGUUAAUAUAACCACUUCUCAACUCACCUGCCACAACUAUCUCCACUCACUCUGCCACCACAAUGCCGGCACCGGCACCACCGUCACGGCGGCUACAUUCCACCAUCCUCCUCCUCCACCUCUCUCUCCUCCACGCCACCACCACCACCACCCCCACCCCCACCCCACCACCCCACCCAGACCUCCCCGCACUCCUCUCCUUCAAAUCCUCCUCCGACAUCUCCAACAACCUCGUCUCCUGGACCCACUCACCCGACCCAUGUAACCACACCACCCCAUUCAUCGGCGUUUCAUGUCUCCACAACCGAGUCACCGGACUCGUUCUCGAAAAACUCAACCUACACAACCGAUUCGACUCACUCACCUCACUCGUUAAACUCAGAGUCCUUUCAUUAAAACACAACCACCUCACUGGCCCAAUCCCAAAUUUAUCCAAUCUUACUUCUCUAAAACUUCUCUUAUUAUCCCACAACCAACUCUCCGGCGACUUCCCGCCGUCGUUACCGUCAUUAUUCCGGCUAGACCUAUCGUACAACAACAUUUCCGGUCCAAUUCCGGCCACGGUCAACCGGUUGACCCAUUUGUUGACUUUACGUCUAGAGAAUAAUCGCAUUUCCGGGUCUAUUGAUUUUAUCAAUUUACCGAAUUUGAAUGAUUUAAAUAUUUCCAUGAAUAAUGUUACCGGUAAAAUACCGGUAACUCUUUCUGGAUUUUCUGAAUCUGUUUUUUUGAAUAAUUCUGGUUUGUGUGGGUUACCGGAUCGGGAAUGUGCCAAUUCCCGACCUGAUAUACCGUCUCCGGUACCAGUACCGGUACCGUCCACUGCCGCGGUGCUGGGUAAAAAUAAUGACCGCGGCAGUGGUAAAAAUAAAAUCAGCACGGUCGCUGUCAUAGCGAUUAUAAUUGGAGAUGUGUUGGUGUUGGCGUUGGUUUCGUUACUUCUGUACUGUUACUUUUCAGGUAAAAAAAUUAAUGGGAACAAUAAUGUAAUAAAAAAGUCGGAGAAAUCGGUGUAUCCGAGUUCAACGGCUAGUUCGUUUGAGAAGGGUAGAAUGGUCUUUUUUGACGGGACGAGGAAGUUUGAGUUGGAGGAUUUGCUGAGGGCGUCAGCGGAGAUGUUGGGGAAAGGUGGGUUAGGGACGGCGUACAAGGCAGUGUUGGAUGACGGCAAUGUGGUGGCGGUGAAGCGGUUGAAGGAGGUGGCAGUUGGUGGUAAACGGGAGUUUGAACAGCAGAUGGAGGUUAUGGGUCGGUUACGGCACCCUAACGUCGUUAGUUUGAAGGCUUAUUAUUUUGCGAAAGAUGAGAAGUUGCUUGUGUAUGAGUAUAUGAGUAACGGGAAUCUGUUUUGGCUUCUUCAUGGUAAUAGAGGUCCAGGAAGAACACCAUUGGACUGGUCCACAAGGCUAAAGAUAGCUGCUGGAGCAGCUAGUGGGCUGGCCUUUAUACACACAUUUGGCCCAUCUCUUAAACUCACACAUGGCAAUAUAAAAUCCACAAAUAUCCUCCUCGACAGAUCGGGUAACGCGUGCAUCUCCGACGUAGGCCACUCUGCCAUUACCCCACCAGCUGCCGCCCCACGAUCCGUCGGGUACCGUGCGCCAGAAUUGUUAUCGGCAAACAACCGCAAAUCCACUCAGAAAUCUGACGUGUAUUCUUUCGGGGUUUUAUUGAUGGAGCUUCUCACCGGGAAAUGCCCAUCCGUGGACAAUAGUGGGCUUCUGGACCUACCGAGGUGGGUCCGGUCCGUGGUGAAAGAAGAAUGGACGGCCGAGUUGUUUGAUUUGGAGCUGAUGAGGUACAAGGAUAUUGAAGAGGAAAUGGUGGGGUUGUUGCAAGUUGCUUUAUCGUGCACCUCUGGUGCACCUGAUCAGAGGCCUACUAUGGACUAUGUCGUGAAGAUGAUUCACGACAUAGACGGAGUCGAGGUGUCACCAUGUCGUGACGCGGUUGACUCGGCCUCUGAUUCGCCUUAGAUUUAUUGUGGCAUGAUGAGUCAAUGACUGAAAUUGUUUUUUUACUUGUUGUUUCGAGCCGAUAUAAAUUAAGUUAACUGUAUCCUCCUAUUGACUCGUAAAUCAUGCGUAAAUUCUCUCAAUUUACGUGUAAUAUCGUGUUGUAAUGAUUAUAUAAUUAUUUCUUUCGAAGGUUUGUAACUUUGUACGUAGUUUCUUUUACACUCAUUCUCAUAUGAACAAAAACAUGACCAUGUU